AUGGAGAAUCCCGACAUCUGCCUGAACGACCCGUACCAGGACAUUUCGGACGAGUUCGGUUGGACACAGAGCCCGAGUUCUGGAGGUCAGGAGCCGCAGGACACCCAGAGCCAUGACGUGGAAGAGCAGGAAGGAACUGAAGGAACAGGCAUCGAAGAGGAGGUGGACUGGGGCGACGACGAGGAGCACCAGGAGGCUAAUGCUAAUGACGGGGAUGUAACGGAUGAAGAGCAGGACCAGAAUGGUGAGCAGGGCGAGCAGGGAGAAGAGCAGCAUGCCGAGACCAAGCUUGAAGCAGCUCCGGACGUCCCUCAAGAACCGCAAGCCGCGAAUUCCAUCGCCCUGGAAGAGGACGACGAUGAUUGUCAAAUCGUCAGUGUGGAGAUGGGUCCUCCUCAGCCGAAGAGCCCCCCGAAGGGCAAGGGCAAAGGCAAGGGCAAAGAUGGUAAAGCUGGCAAGGGCUCCACUGCCGUUCUGAAGGGCAAGGGCAUCAAAGGGAAGAAUGGGAAAAGUGGCAAAGGCCCCAUUGCCAAGCAAUACCCGGCUUCAGCACCACAGAUUGCGAAGGCGACGGUGCCGAAAUCGAAGCCCAAGCCACAACCACCGCGACUGCAGCCACAGCCCGUGCCCAAGGUCGGCCCGGCGAAGCCCCCCCAGCCAGGGGCGCUUCAGCAGGCUUCCACACCCAUCGCAACUCCCGCGAGCCCACCGGUAAAGGCGGCUCCAACGCCUCCGCAAAACUUUGUUUCCGUGGACUCCCUGCUCACAGAACAGGUUCGGCUGCAGCUUCUCACGGAGCCUGGCAAGCGCGCCUCCAUGCGAAGGCUUCUCACACAGCCCAAGGUUUCACAGUUGUUGCGCCACCUGAGCAGUAGCCGGCGCUUAGCCUUCGGUUCGAUGCCGGGGGUCCUCUGCAAGCUGCUCCGGGAGUCUCCGGCCUUCCAACUGUCGGAGGCAAAGGACGAUGCUCCGGCUGCCAUACAGGAUGUUCGAGUCAGUCUGACGGAGCAGGGUGAAGGAAAUCCGCUGGUUGACAAAAGAAGCUUUGAUAGACUCUGGUCCUCUCUGUUCCCGAAUCGCUCGGCCUCGGCGACGAACCAACCGACCACACAAGCUGAGUCGGCACCGGCGGCUUCGAAUGGCGCCUCGAAUGCACAGGGCAGCGAUGUGGCGGCCCGGAAUCAGAGUAAGCAGAGGGCAUUGCAACAGAUCCGGGAUCUUGAUGACAAAGGCGUGCCGGAUGGUCCACGUCCACCAAGCAUGCCUCCCCCGAACUACAAAGCCGAUUGGAGGCGUUUCCAACCGACGGCCAAAAGGGUCCUCGCUCCACGCAGGGCUGGCUCGGCGAGCAGCCUCGAAGACGGAACGGGCCAGCCACCCGAGCCCUCGCACAACGAGCUCCACCCGCAACCGGUUACCCAAGUGGUGAAUGCGGGCCCGUGCAGAAGCCCGCAGGGGGGGCCCCCACGACCCCAUCUCCCACGGCCACCACACGGGGUCCCACAUGCACUUAACGCCCACAGCCAGCCUUCCGGCCCUACCCCGCCGGCAGGACCUCCACCCGGUCAAGGCGUGAGCCCAAGGCCUCAUUUCCAUAUGGCUUCACCAAGAAGUCCUGCACCAGAACCCGUGGACAACGAGGGCCGCCCCUUUGACUUGGAGCACGUAGUGGUGAAUUUUGCCAAUGUGGGAGCAACAUAUGGAAGUCGUGUGCUCAAGAAGGACAAACAGAACUCGUAUUUGUUUGACUACGAGGGCGUCAGACGGUGCGUAAGGCACCUGACGCAGAAGCGAAAGCUCCGGGUUAUUGGUGUGAUCUUCGAAAACUUUCAUGGUGAUGAAAACGGCCGCGAGGUCCACCAAGUGCCUCCCGACAUUUCUGCCAUGUGCGAGAGCAUCGAGCUCACACCUCGAUUAUUGGGCCAAAGGCACAAGAGCGCCGAUGAUGAAAUGACCAUCAAGUGCGCAUACCGAAGAAACUGCAGAUUCUUGGACAAUGACAACUACCAGGACUGGCGCAACUAUCUCGCGGACGAGGCUGUGCGGACUUGGCUGCUGCACUGUCAAGAGUUCCUGCAGAUGAAGUUCUACUUUGACUCUGGACUCGGAGACUUUGACAUACUCGAAGGCAACAUACCAGCUGCGUGGUUAGCGCAGGGCGCAUCGCAGGGCCCAUCGAAACGCAUGUGUACGAGACCGUGGAAAUGA